UGCUGGACUUGAUUUCUUAAAGUGUGCUAAAUAACUGGAAGUCAGGCGUAUGUUGUCUAUAGCAUUUUAUCGUCUUGUUUUUGUGAUGACUUAUUUUCUAUAAAUGGUCCACGUUGUUCCUGAACUGCAGAGGUUCUCUUAGAAAAGUGUUUCUUUGUGCAGCAAGAAUCUCGCGCAUCCUGGAUUUAUAACGGGUUGUAAAAUCAUAAGGAAGCGUUUUAUUUGGACCCAGUGCUUAUUUGGGGAAAUCGUACGUUUUUCAACUUUGCUUAAUUCUUCAACUUGCUCUUUAAACUAGGGCUUAUUUAAACGGAUCGACGCCCACUUGACAAUUUUGAAAACAGACACUUGUGGCUUUGCACUUAUUUCGCUAUAAAUAGGCGAUGCUUUAAAGGAUCGUAGGCGCGACUUUUAUGGCUUUGGCGUUCUUUUCGUUUACUCCACAUCCAUUUUCGGUUUCGGUCACUUGUAAAUCAAUGAAACGGAUCAUGGCAGUCGAGAUGAUGCCAUUUUUAUGUAAUUGCACGACAGGAGAGACUCAUUUCGCAAUGUUCUGAGGGGAAAUCGUCCCUAACUUGGCUCUGUAAAAAUAAUCGAUACUCGGUUUUUUUUUCUUUGCGAAGAGAUGAAAGCCAAACGUGUCAUCUCUUAGAUGAUUUUUUGAUGGGAGUUGCAAUCGCUGGAUCCCGUUGAGCUGUUCCGUUGUCGCCUCCAUCCCCGACCAACUUCAGAGAAGUGAAGAUGAUGCUCCUUAGCCCAGUUGGGCUUCUGUUCUUUAUGCUUUGCAGUGUUGUCGACAGCAGGAUGCUGCUGGAUGGAUUGCAGAGAUUUGGCCCCAUUCCCAUGUACCUUCCUGUUCGAUACCAGGUGCUGAACGCAGAAUCAGCCUUCUUCCUCAAGGAAGCCAACCAGGACAUCAUGAGAAACUCUAGCUUGCAAGCUCGUACGGAACUUUUCUUCAUUCAGCAGGCCAGAAAGACACCUUCGGUCAAUGCCAGUUACGGACCUCUGUAUGUUGAACAGCCCGUGCCUGCGGAGCUUCUGGGGCCGGGACUCUUAAACAACCCUUCAUCCUCCUCUACCUCAUCACCAUCAACCUCCCCACUAUUUAGUUUUAACUGGAAAAUCCAGACUUUCAUUAUAAGCGAGCGAAUACAUCCCAGCUGGCCGAAAGUGCAGGUUCUAUUCUACGUAGCGGGCAGAGACUGGGACGACUACAGUGCCGUGGACAGGCUGCCCUGCGUCAGGAUGUUUGCCUUCCAUGAGACCCAAGAGGUAAGAGGAACAUGCCGGUUAAAAGGGGAACUUGGACUGUGCGUGGCAGAGCUGGAGCCGCUUCCGAGCUGGUUCAGUCCACCGAGCGUCAUACCGGGUCGGCAGAGAGCACCCGAACAGGUGGAGGGCACACCUGUGGAGCUGUAUUAUAUGAUACAGUCCACAGAUACAGGCGAGUGCAGCUCAGAGGAUUCUCGGAAGACCAAUUCCAUCCGCGCCGGCCAGCUGGGCCCGGCUGGUUACUUUUCAGGACCUACACCCAUGCGCAGGAUCGGCAGUGUGCGGUUGUUUCAGCCGCUCUCAGAGUUGCGUCUGGACAGUAACUUUGUGGUGAUGGUACCAUCUAAACCCAUCAGACAGAGAGAGACAGUGUCGGCUUUCCUUGCAGUCUCCACCGUUUCUUCUGUUGAGAUCUUCACUUUGAAGGUCGGUUUGAAGGAUGGUGUGGCGUUUCUGGGGGCGAGAGCCAGCAAUCCCAUUCAGUGGACAAUCAGUCAGGACGUCCGGAGCGAGGGACACAGAGUGGUCACCCUGCACUGCCGCAGAAAGGAAGCCAACUUUGGAAAAAGGGUGGAAGCAGGGUUCCAGAAAGUCCUCCAGGUGGAUUUGGAAGUAAACGGGCUAUUGGAUCCUCUGGGGAGUCGCUCUGUGACGUGGCAGAUCGAGUAUCCCAUCUCCCGAACUCUCUCAGAGGAGAUUCAAACCCUCAUCCGCCUGGCACCUCAUGACCUUGGGGGCAUCGUGCCAUUGGCUAUGGAAACAGAAAUUCUCAACACUGCAGUGCUCACGGGAAAGACCGUUGCCAUGCCGGUGAAGGUGGUCACUGUAGGAACAGAGGGUACCGUGACUGACGUGACCGAAUCGGUGGAGUGUCGCUCGACCGAUGAAGAUGUAGUAAAGGUGUCCGAAAGAUGCGAUUACGUGUAUGUCAACGGUAAGGAGACGCGUGGAAGAGUGAGGAUGAUGUUGAACUUCACCUACAGUUACCUGAGCGCUCAGCUUGAGAUCAGCGUCUGGAUGCCCCGGCUGCCUCUACAGAUCGAGAUGUCCGAUCCGGAGCUCAGUCAGAUCAGGGGUUGGAGGGUUCCUGCAGAUUCCGGCAGCCAGAGAUUUGGGAUUGGAGAGGACAAUAUGGACGAAAAAGCCUUGAAGGAUCGGGGUUGUGGUCCACAGUAUCAAAGCACCACCGUCCGUGUCCUUACUCAUUUUGAGGCUGAACCAGAAGAAUGGCAGGGCCAACCGGACUUCCUGCUGGGUAGUGAUUGGCAGGUGGACGUGACGGAGCUGGUCAGAGAUUCAAUGAAGUUGGUGGAUGACCGUGUGGCCAGGCUCUCGGAAGAACAUGUCCUAAUCGGCCUGAAUGCCGGCACCACCAAAGUCCAGGUGAUGUCCCCUUUGUCAGACUUAGUUCUGGGUGAGAGGAUGAUCCGAGUUGUGGAUGAUAAAGUCAGUAUUACAGAGUUGGGGGUGCAGCUGGUCUCCGGUCUUUCGCUGAACCUCCAGCUCAGCCCUGGAAGCAACAGAGCCAUCGUCGCCACGGCUACCACACAGGAGACCAUGCACAACCCAAACCAGGAGUCUCUUGUCAGCGCUUGGCUUCAGUUCAGCGACGGCUCCAUGACCCCCCUUGACCUGUACAACCCUGCUCAGUUUGUCCUAACGGCGACCUCGCUGGACGACCAGGUGGUGUCAGUGAGAAAAGACGCCAGCUGGAGGCCGAUAGUGGUGGCUAAGGGUGAAGGGCAAGGCAUGCUGGUGCGGUUGGAGAUGUACGGACCUGAAUCCUGCUUGAAAACCAAACGGCACACGGCUUUGGCUGCAGGCAACGCGAUCGUCCACGUGAAGUUCGGCCGUGAAAACAGUGCCAGGAGAUACAGGCCUAACGCCCCAUAUUAUGGAGUAUCUAUUUCCGAUAUGGAUGCUGGAAUAAUGAGCAGAGGAGCUACCACUACUAAGACCGGUAUUCCGGGAAAAGCCGCUGGUGAUACUCCUGUUGAUUUCUCAGAGUUCCCGGCACAGGCAGACCUUCCCCCAGGACAUAACAUGGAGGAUGACCUGCUACAGACCCGCCGUGGCCUCACCGACCUUGAGAUAGGCAUGUAUGCCCUCCUAGGGGUCUUCUGCCUGGCCAUCCUUGUAUUUCUAAUCAAUUGUGUGUCAUAUGCGCUUAAGUACCGCAACAAGCAGCUCCCAUUGGAGGGCCAGGAGACCAUGGCUCAUGCACAUGACUGGGUUUGGUUAGGCCAUGAUGCUGAGCUGUUGGAAAGCCAAGCGGGGUUGUGUCUGGACCAAGAGGAACUAGGUGGCACAAUGGAUUCCGGGCUGGGACUGGAAGAGGGCAGCCAGCUUCUCAACGGACUUUCGGCUCAGAAGAGCGUGCAAGGACAGGUGCACAGGUCCGUGUCUGACUCUGGGUGUGCUGGAAGGGAUCACAAGGGCGAGCCGAUGAACUCCCCCACCACCAAAAGGAAACGGGUGAAGUUUACCACGUUUAGCCACAGCAAACCCAGCAACGGCUGUCCGUCCAUAAGCCCGCUCCUCAUUGGUCAGAACGACAUCAAAUGGGUUUGCCCAGAUAUUGAGCUCGGGGACUCCAAAGAGCUCCGAAAUUACAUGGAAAGGUUAAACGAAAACGCAACUAAAAACAUGGCAUAGUGGGGUUGUAGUUAUUUAUUUAUUACGUCUUUUUUUGGACAAGCGUAGCUCACCCAUAUGCCUUCCGGGUAAGGUGGUAUGGUGGGUGUUGGCCUGACUCUACUGCACUCAGACAGACCCACAUCUCACCAUGAAAAGACAAGCCGUUCAUCUGGUCUUGUUUCCAUGGCAACUGUCAUGAGGGUUUAUCAUCAGGAUAGCAGUAAAACAGGGAUGGCUAUGAAACCAUGAGAACAUUGGAAUAUGAGAUAUGUUUCAAUCGAGAUGUCUAUAUUUUCGGUUUGCAGAAGAGAAUAUUCCAUUUCUAUAAAAUAAUACUUGCUUUUUGUUUUCGUUUGAAGCCUAGGUUAACACAGUUGGCUUGAUGUGGUACUUUAUUGUGAGUGGAUGACAAAGAACAACGAAGAGUUAAUACAGCCUUUAAACAUAUCAGUAGUGGGCUGGAAACUGUAGAGUUUCAACGAAUUGAACAUCGACUGGCUCGGAUGAUGUGAGAACACAUUUUGUAAGGUUUUACAUAUUUUUAUACAUCUCCCUUCCUGUCCAUCUGUCUAUCGUAUUUCUCCAAAGACUAACUCCCAUAUGUAAAUGCAUGUGAAGAUUCAAGGACACAAAUGUCUAUUUUGAAACUUUUUCCACCAACAGUGUGAAUGAUGGUGUAUAUAGAGCCGAAGACUUCUGGGAAACAGGCAGACAAACGACCCUCCACAAGCCGUUGAGCAAAUUGUAUUGUUGUAGGUAGUGUUAUCAAUAUUGUAUAAUAUGUUGUUUACAGUAUUAGAAUGAUAGAUGGUAUGCACUCCAAUUGCUUUUGUAUGUGCGCUUUAGCUGUGCAUUGCCUCUUUGUCAAACUUCUUCGUUUUGCUUUUGUUCGUCUUUUUGGUUUGGUUUUCAUCCAGGCGAAGAAUACAUUCAGAGCAGAUGUAGCGCACACUAUUACAGGUCAAAUCUGAUUGACUUAAUUGACUGUCCCCAUGACGUAAUGCUUAGGUUAUUUAGAUUGGAUUCGUUCGGCAUGUUAUCCUCAGGUAAUGUGAUGAAACCACCAGUCAGUCGUACAUUACUUGGUCAAGACAACCAGAGAACAUUUUCUAUAUGAAUAAAUCGAUUGGUCCAAGACAUCAUUCAUUCUGUAUUAGUCACUGUUAUUCUGUAGUCAGAGAUGUUCUGUUCUCAUUCCAAAAUAAGGGGCAACUUAUUCUUCAAAUGUGUUGGGUGACAAAAUCACAUUGUCAUCCAGUGUCUUCUUUAAAACUGUAUUGAUUAGACAAAUUGUAUCAUUCUUUGCUGUUCCCUGUUUGUCCUGUAUUUUGUUUAAUGUAAAACCCAGAAUAAUUGUACAUACUUGACAGCUCAGCCAAUGUAAGCAAACUUCGUAUAUUGAUUUUCUUGUUGUUGUUUAUUCAAUUUUGUUAUUCAUCUGUUGAUUGAGAAUUGAUAACUCAAUGUUGGUGAUCAAACCCCAUUGUGAUUGGAUCUUUAGUUCAAUUUUCCCUCAUGCGCUGUGAUAUUUUUUUUUUGUCACCGUUACAUUUCUUUUAGAUGUUUAUUUUCAUCUUUGUUAUCUUGUCCACUUUAUUCGUUAAAGCACUGCCUAUUUCAUUUUUGUCUACAUUAAGAUAUUUUGAUUUAUCCAUAACGAUUGGAUUUUCAAUUUGCAUAUUAAACAAACCGUCACAUCCUGCCUUUCCACUUUUCACCAGUUGAUGGCGCUCAUUUCUAACCCCUGUUGCCUCAAAGAGGACAUGUAGAUUUUGAUGGUCAUUUCCCUUG